AUGCUCUGGCAGAUCAUCUGUCAGGCCAAGAAGCAUCCGAGCUUGAUUCCCCACUUCCUAUUUAUUGGAGCAGGAGGUACUGGAGCAGCACUGUAUGUGAUGCGUCUGGCACUGUUCAAUCCAGAUGUCAGUUGGGACAGGAAGAAUAACCCAGAACCCUGGAACAAACUGGGUCCCAAUGAUCAAUACAAGUUCUACUCAGUGAAUGUGGAUUACAGCAAACUGAAGAAAGAAGGUCCAGACUUCUAACUGAAAUGUUUCACUGUAAAGAUGCUUAGAAUGAAGGUCUUUAAGAAGCCA